AUGGAAGAGUCUUUCACAAAGCCCAAUCCACUCCUACUUCUGAAGCAGGAGAAAGGCAAAAAGAAAGAGUUCAAGAGAUAUCAUUCCGAUAGAUAUUUGAGGCUUAGAACAUCCUGGCGACAUCCCCGCGGUCUUGAUAAUAGAGUCAGAAAAAAGCAUAGAGGCCUUCCGGAAAUGCCAAGCAAGAGAUUCAGGACUCAGGCCAUACUCAAAGACAUUCUUCCAUGUGGCCUCAGGGAGGUUUUGGUCCAUAAUGUUAAGGAUUUGAAGGCGUUGACAUCAGUCAAUAGAAGGUAUUGCGCGACUAUUGCGUCUACUGUUGGUGCCAGAACUAGAAUUGAGAUUGUGAAUGAAGCCAAAAUUUUGGGUAUUCAUGUUACCAAUGCAAUGGCCAGGCUUAUGGAGUCAGUUCAGGAAUAA